CCGGAGAAUAAUCUUGCGCUGAUAGAAGUGAACGAACUUCAGGGCAGCGGUCCCCGUCAUGUCGCUUUCCAGUACGAGACCUUUCAACGGCACUGACGAGCCAUCGCCCGACGAAGUCGUUGGUAACCUUAUAACUGGAAAUCCCGAGGAGUAUCCCCAAGAAGGGACAGAGUUUGUUGAAGCUGACAGUCUUCCGCUCUGGCGCGAAGCAGGGAAUCUUGGCGACCAGGGCAACUGCUGGGGAGUCGUACAACAAUGGGCUGAGGUGGCUGAGGUACCGGUAUUGGACACGGAAACCCGUAACGCGUGCUACACAUUCAUGCCAACCCAGCCCACUGACCAGCUGGUCAGCCUUGAGGACGCGCUGGCCGCAUCCAACCCCUCGUCUGCAGAUUUCUCGGAUGAGCU